CUUAUAGUUUUUUUUCAGUCACAAUUCAAGCAAAAGAACCCCAAAAUCAAUCGAAACAGAACGGAUUAAGAAACCACGAAACAAUACAAAAGUUAUGUGCCAAAAAUAGGUGAAGAUUAACUACUGUCACCGAAAAGAGGAAAAUCGACGAAAAAAUAUUUGUUUGUAAAUAAAAAUCGCACCCAAUAAAAUAGGAAUAAACUCACUCACCGCAAACUCUUACGUUAAGUUACUGAGAAUAAUUGUAAAAGUCUGACGUGUUGUUGUUAUAUACACAUAAUUUUCGGUGUGUGAGAUAUGGCGCGAUGGGCAAGUACAGAUCCAUCGCAUAUAAAUCAGCGUCGAAAAUGGAAUCUGGAAGAUCGAACAUCGUUACGAAAUUUACAUGGAAACUCUACAGAAAAUGGAGAUUCAAAUAGUCAAUAUGAAAUAGCAAGGCAAAUCCUUGAAAAUGAUGCAGCCGAAGAUUCGCGUGCCGAUUAUUCAUUGGGUAUUGAUUGGUUGUUGAAAGCGUCAUACGAGGGCCAUGAAGGCGCAUUGAUGCUGCUAGCAAAAAGCCUGAAAACCGGACGCGGAAUCAAUGAUCGAAAUAUCACCGAGGUCGAAACCUGCUUGCAAAUGACACAAUCCGAACGAAAUGCACGAAAAGCGGCCCGUGAACUGUUCAAUUGUUUGAAGCAAACGAAUAAUUCCGGCGAACACUAUAUCACGGUGGCGCAACUUGAAAAGAAAAUGCGACAAAUCUACAAACUGAAAACCAGUCGAUACAAAAAGGGCCCGAAUACACCAUCGUCUUCACAAAAUGAACAGGAUAUUUCACCAUAUCAUUCGAUUCGGCGGAACAUAAUGUCGAGUCCGGGCAAUAAUAUCAGCGAAGAAAAUCUCAUUUCGGCUGCAAUGCAAGUGGUUCACGGCCAGUUACCAAACAUUAGUUCCUCAUUAACGCUAUCGGUGCCGCAUCCCGAGUCAUUGAAUCAAGUCCCAUAUUUUCAUCGAUUGCUGUUCCAUCCGCUGCUAUUUCUCUACCUAAUUUACCAUCAGUACUUGAAUGCACUGGCUCGAUUUCCCAGUUCCUUAGCCAAUUGCCUCAUCUUUCUAUUGAUAUUAUCAUACACAACAACCAUAAACAAUGUGCUCGUCUUCAUGCCGGUCGUCAUCUACCACGUGAGCCUAUUUGUGAUGAUUGUUUCGACGCUGAAAAUGUUCAAAUCGAAACAUCGAUAUGACGACUUUCGAAUUUGGUCGCAGCUUUUCUUGAGUUUUGAUCAGCAGUUUGAUACGAACGCGGAAAAUGCAUUUCUUCGCAAAGAACUACAACCAUAUCUCAUCCAUUUUUCGGCAUUUUUUGUGAAUGUUAUCGUUUCGUCGACCAUUCCGCUCGACUGGAAAAUGUCCUCAGAAGUGACAAUUAUCUCAUUCAUUUUACUAUUUGUAACACUGUUCAUAUUCAUGUUGAAUAAUCGCAAUCCAUUUCCCGAUUUGCUGGUUUUACUCUCGUUCGGCAUCAAUGUGCUGGUGAAGUAUCCGUUCGAAAUUGACGCCGAAAUGUGGAGCAAUUGGUUGAUAUCCGAUUUGAAAAUACCAACAUUUGCACCGUUCCCGAUUGGCCAUGGCAUCGAAUUUUGUUUCAACUCACGGGGUUUGCUGUAUCUUUUAAUACCGGGACUAUUGGUUGCGUUGGCCCAUCGGCACAAUUGGCAUGGCAUUUAUCAGUGUCUGAUUCCGCACUGCGUCACAUUGAGUUGGCUGCAAAUUUGCAUAAUCGGUUCACAAUCGGCAACGAUGUUCGAAAUGGUGCGUGGCACUUUAACGCUCGCUGGAAUGCUAUUUUGCCUCCCAUUGUUUGGUUUAGUGACUCUGAUGAUACCCGUGUUCGUUACGGUUGAGUCGUUGGCUCUGAAGAAUGCCGUACAUCGCUUGAUUGCAUCGAUAUCAAUUGCAGGCAUUGCUUUGGCCAUGUCUUGCCUGCUCGCAUCAUAUCGACGUACCAAAAAAUAUGUGACAUUCAUUCAGAUAAUUGCUUGUUUAGUCGCUACAUUCUACUUAACGCAACCGUUACUUUCGAAGUAUUUCGAUGUGUCUCCAUCGGAUUCGCAGUCGAGUGACAUUUAUCACACAAUCAUCAAUCGAGUUGAGGCUGACGACGCGAUGCUACAAGAAGAAGUAACGGCCAACUACUUGAAAUGGGAUCUGUUCAAUCGUCAUUGUCAUUCGCCACUACUUUAUCCCGGGAAUCGAAUAAAUGCUCAAUUGAAAUGCGAUCGAUUCUAUGGGGCGCACAUCAAAUGGGAGGGUCAUGUUCAUAAUAUAGAAAUCCGUAGAGUGUCAAAUAUUUUCGAAAAAGUGCUCUCAUUUUUACCUGACGUUCUAUCGAAUCAAGUAAUGUGUUUUUUUGGUGAACCGAACGAACUCAUGUUCGAUGUGUAUGACUCUGAAGAAUUAGACUACUUUAAAGAGCAGCACAAAUGCAAUUUAAACAAUUGGAAUUCGUAUGAAUUUCGCAUCGGUGUCAAAUUAGAUUACAGUCCAAUCGAAUUGUACCUCAAAGCUCACCAUAGUUUUACAAAUUUUACGAGAUUAUUAGGCCGAACAGAUCGAAUUUGGUUCAGUGGUACGUUAUUGACUAGCUACUCGAAUCCAGACGACGAUAACGAUGUACACGUUCCAUUGACCACAUUCAAUUUGGAACGACAUCCACUGUGGAUUGAUUUGGCAUCGAUCGGAUGCAUUAAAUGUAAGGAAUCAAGUCUGAAAGCAUUCUAUGCAUCAAAUCACCUAAAGUUAAGUAGUCGAAAUAUUUUUAAUGGAAUAAAAUAUUUAUUCAACGUACUAUUCAAUCCGCUUAUUAAGAUAAAUUAGGGCUUUGACAUAAAAUAAAACAAAAGGAACAAAACAAAUAUUCUUGUGUUUCGUAUAAUUAGAUCAGAAUUGUAUAUACAAUUAUGUUUGCAUCUCGUUUCUUUCAAAAUGUAAUGUUUAAUGAUAGCCUAAAGCAAGUGAUAAUUAUAUUAAAGAAAUAGACCAAAAAUAAAAUAACACAGUAAACGUUGUCAACUGUUGAAUGCA